CAUCGACCGAAACCGCAACGACUCGCCGCCCCAAAAGCCAAAACCUGCCUCGCCGCCGCCGCCGUCGCCAAACGCCUCCGUAACCACCGCAAGGAGGAGUCUCUCUCUCUCUCUCUCUGCGAUUCAAUCCGUCGGUCAACAGGCCGAUCGCCGUCGCCGUCGCCGACGGGCGCCGAGAAGAAGCGGUCCCAUCGGAUGGAGGGGGCGAGCGAGACGGAGCGCGAGUUCACCCUCGUCGCCCGGAAGCCGUGCUUCGGCCUCCCGACGGCGUGCCCUCAUUGCCUGCCCGUCUUCAUCUACCUCAAGCUCGCGAAGAUCCCCUUCCGCCUGGACUUCAAUCUGACCUUCCCCGACUCCGAUCAAGUUCCCUAUGUCGAGUCCGGUGCUUAUGUGGCUUAUAAUAACGAGAAAGGUGGGGUAAUUGAGAGUUUGAAAGAAGAUGGUAUUGUUGAUUUGGACUUGGAACUCCGAUCAGUUCCAGAAUUUAUCUCAUCGAAGGCUAUGAUCAGCUCAUGGCUUGAAGAAGCAAUCAUCUAUGAGCUAUGGGUGGGGUCUGAUGGAACUUCUGCUCACAACAUAUAUUAUGCUGAUCUUCCGUGGCCAGUAGGGAAAUUAUUAUACUUAAAGCAGAUCCGCUCUGUUAAGCAGCAUUUGGGGAUCACUAAAGACAAUGCAGAACGAAGGGAAGCAGAGAUAUACAGGAGAGCAAAAAUUGCAUAUGAAGCGUUGUCUACUAUGUUAGGAGAAAAUUAUUUUUUCUUUGGAAGACCAUCAAGUUUGGAUGCUUUUUUUCUGGGGCAUGCACUUUUUACCCUUCAAGCCUUACCUGAAGCAUCUUUGCUGCGAAACAGGCUUUUGGAGCAUGGAAAUCUAGUCCGGUAUGCUGAAAAACAUAAGUCAGAGUGUCUAGAAGCUGGUUCUUCAUCAUCCUCUGACAUGCAUUUUCCCCCAAGCUCUUCAGCAUCUGCUCCGAGACAAGGUCCUUCACAUUGGAGUUCAAAGCACAGGAGCAAGCCAAAGAGAGAGAAAACAGAGGAAGAGAAAACAUUCAGGAAAAGAGCGAAGUAUUUUCUAGCAGCACAAUUUACUGCAGUUUUGCUUUUUCUUACCAUUAUGCGGAGGUCGGAUGAUAAUGAACUGGACCUUGAUGAUGAUGAUGGUGAUUUGGAUUAUGAAUGAACAGUACAUUCACUGACUUGUGUACGAGGAUCAUCAACAUCAUGUAUUCUGUUGCUCGCCAAGGUUAGAUGCCAUGACGUGAAGGAUCAAAUUUUUACAUCUGUUUCUGAAGAAAAUUUUGCAAAUAAUUCUAUAGAAGUCAGGGAGGGUCUUUAUUAGUUAGAGAUGCAUUUUUGUUGGUCGAUGAUAAUUCUGAUGGGCCAAAAGAUUCUCGCGAGGUUACACCAUUGAAUCCUUUUUCUCCAGAAAAUUGUACUGGGACACUGAUUGGUUUUAAUGCUCUGACCACUUAAUAGAAUGUUGUUUCUUUAAAGUUUUCUCCCCUUAAAAGCAUACCUACUAAAA